GCAGAGAGGGAUAGAGAAAGUGGGAAAAGCAGCUUCGUCUCGGAGCAAGGCAGCGCUCGGCGAAAGAAGCCUUGGAGCCACAGUGCUCGACGGCGUAGGCCGCCGCCCCGGUGCAUAUGUGCGAAGCCAGUUAAUGGUGCGGCUCGGCCGUUGCCUGGUGCCUCAUCUUGGGCCACUUCGAGGAUAAGAGAGCUCAACGUUCCGCUUGUGUCGGUGGGCGACGGCGAAUCACGCUGUCGGAGUCAGAGGGCAGUCGCUGAUUACAGGGAACUGUUUCCUGGCAUCAUCUUGCAACAGUUUUUGGUCUGGAUAGAAUGGGCGGGUUAAAGAAAAACAGAUGAAAUUUUACUGUAGAGCAGAUUGAUCCCUAAGUCAAGGUCAAAGUUAAUGCAGAGUGGACAGUCUUGUAGAACUUGUUCAACAGUGAGCUAGAGUCUGGAAGUACCCAACAGACCAUGGAGAAAAUCCUUGUCCUUGGGAUGUAACCCAUCUAUGGUGUAGCCUGUGUCCUUCCAUCUUUGCUCUCCAACUGCAAAGCCUGUUUUCUAAAAGGUACAACUCCAUGGUUUAAUCUGCUUACAGCUGAAGUAAUCACAAUUGUGGUUUUGCUCUUUGUUUGCUGUUCUUCACAGGAGAGAUUUUCAUGGAUCUCAAUAGUGCUAGCACUAUUGUUUUGCAAGUCCUAACCCAAGCUACUAGCCAAGAUACAGCAGUGCUGAAGCCAGCUGAGGAACAACUGAAGCAGUGGGAGACACAGCCAGGUUUUUAUUCAGUGUUGUUGAGUAUCUUUACAAAUCAUAGCUUGGAUGUGAACGUGAGAUGGUUAGCUGUGCUAUACUUCAAAAAUGGAAUUGAUCGGUACUGGAGACGGGUUGCACCACAUGCUAUUUCUGAAGAAGAGAAAGCUACAUUGCGUGCUGGACUUAUCACCAACUUUAAUGAGCCAGUGAAUCAGAUAGCAACUCAGAUCUCUGUCCUGAUUGCCAAAGUUGCCAGAGUAGACUGCCCACGGCAAUGGCCAGAACUUAUACCCACUCUUGUAGAAUCUGUGAAGGUCCAGGAUGAUCUUCGACAACACAGAGCACUACUUACCUUUUACCAUGUUACAAAAACUCUGGCAUCAAAACGACUUGCUGCAGACAGGAAACUUUUCUAUGAUCUUACAUCAGGUAUUUAUAGCUUUGCAUGUUCCUUGUGGAAUCACCAUACUGAUACAUUCCUACAGCAAGUUUGUGCAGGAGAUGAAGCUGCAGCUACAAAUUCACUAGAAAGAACCUUGUUGUCAUUGAAAGUGCUUCGUAAACUGACAGUCCACGGGUUUGUAGAACCUCACUGGAAUGCAGAGGUGAUGGGAUUUCUACAUGCAGUGUUUGAACGACUAAAACAGUUUCUGGAGUGUAGUAGAAGUAUAAGAGCAGAAAACAUGUGCAGAGAUCGUUUAGAAAAGACCAUAAUUCUGUUCACUAAAGUGCUUUUGGAUUUCCUCGAUCAACAUCCUUUUUCAUUCACUCCUCUGAUUCAGAGGUCACUGGAGUUUGCUGUAAGCUAUGUUUUCACAGAGGCUGGUGAAGGAAUUGUGUUUGAACGGUUUAUUGUACAGUGCAUGAAUCUUAUUAAGAUGAUUGUAAAAAACUAUGCAUACAAGCCAUCAAAAAAUAUUGAAGAUAGCAGCCCUGAGACUCUUGAAGCACAUAAGAUAAAAACUGCAUUUUUCACAUACCCGACACUAAUGGAAAUUUGUAGGAGAUUAGUCACUCACUAUUUCCUGCUGACAAAGGAAGAAUUAAUGAUGUGGGAAGAGGACCCAGAAGGCUUCACUGUAGAAGAGACAGGAGGAGAUUCUUGGAAGUACAGUCUCAGACCAUGCACAGAAGUUCUUUUUAUUGAUAUUUUCCAUGAAUAUAAUCAGACUCUUACACCAGUGCUUUUAGAAAUGGUUCACAGCCUACAAGGAUCUACUAAUGUGGAAGAUACUAGCGCUGUACUGAUUAAAGAUGCUGUGUAUAAUGCGGUUGGACUGGCUGCUUAUGAACUAUUUGAUAGUGUGGACUUUGAUCAGUGGUUUAAAAAUCAACUAUUAGCAGAACUACAGGUUUCUCAUAACAGAUACAAACCAAUACGCCGACGAGUAAUUUGGCUGAUUGGACAGUGGGUUUCUGUAAAAUUCAAAUCAGACUUGAGACCUGUGUUAUAUGAGGCAAUUCGUAACUUGCUUCAAGACCAGGACUUAGUGGUCCGCAUCGAGGCAGCUACGACACUGAAGUUAACUGUAGAUGACUUUGAGUUCAGAACUGACCAGUUCCUACCGUAUCUGGAAUCCAUGUUUACGCUGCUCUUUCAGCUUCUUCAAGAAGUAACACAGUGUGACACCAAAAUGCAUGUUCUUCACGUUCUUUCUUGUGUGAUUGAAAGAGUCAAUAUGCAGAUACGACCAUAUGUAGGGUGUUUGGUUCAGUAUUUACCACUCCUAUGGAAACAGAGUGAGGAGCACAAUAUGCUGCGAUGCGCCAUUCUAACUACCCUAAUCCAUCUUGUCCAGGGACUGGGAGCAGACAGCAAAAAUCUGUAUCCUUUUCUACUUCCAGUUAUUCAGCUAAGUACAGAUGUUUCUCAGCCUCCACAUGUCUAUCUUCUGGAAGAUGGUUUAGAGUUAUGGUUAGUGACAUUGGAGAACAGUCCAUGUCUUACCCCUGAGCUCCUGAGAAUAUUUCAGAACAUGUCUGCCCUUCUUGAGCUGAGUUCAGAAAACCUCAAAAAUUGCUUUAAGAUCAUAAAUGCUUAUGUUUUCCUAUCAUCAUCUGAAUUUUUACAGAUGUAUGCUGCUGACUUGUGCCGGUCAUUUUGUGAACUUCUGAAAGACAUAACUACUGAAGGUCAAGUUCAAGUUUUAAAGGUUGUGGAAAAUGUCCUAAAGGUAAACCCUGUUAUAGGUCCUCAAAUGUUUCAGCCACUUCUGCCAUCAGUAUUCAGGGGAAUUAUAGAGGGGGAGAGAUUCCCAGUGGUGAUGUCUACUUAUCUGGGGAUCAUGGGUAGAGUUCUGCUACAAAACGCAAGGUUUUUUUCAUUACUUUUGAGCCAGAUGGCCUGUGAAUUGGGUCAGGAGUUGGACCAAAUUCUUGGUAACAUGAUUGAAAUGUGGGUUGAUCGAAUGGACAACAUCACUCAACCAGAAAGAAGAAAACUUUCUGCUUUGGCAUUGCUUUCACUUCUGCCGUCACUGAACAGUGUUAUCCAAGAUAAAUUUUGUGGUAUCAUCAACAUUUCAGUGGAAGCACUGCAUGAUGUUAUGACUGAAGAUCCUGAAACAGGAACAUAUAAAGACUGCAUGUUGAUGUCUCAUUUUGAAGAGCCCAAAGUUACAGAAGAUGAGGAACCUCCCACAGAACAAGAUAAAAGGAAAAAAAUGCUUGCCCUGAAGGACCCUGUACACGCUGUGUCAUUGCAGCAGUUCAUCUAUGAGAAGCUAAAGGCGAUGCAAGAAUUACUGGGAGAACAAGGUUUUCAGGCACUUAUGGAAACUGUGGACACAGAAAUAGUUGCCCAGCUACAGGAAUUUUUACAAGGCUUCUAAAUAAGCAGAAACAAGAUUUUGUAUGUCUAGUUUCCAUUUCAAAAAAUUAUAAAAGAACUUUAGCCUUCCGUCUUCUAUGGAAGAGUCUGCUGAAAGCUGAAAAUAACUCAUGUUAAAAAAUAAACAAUAAGUUUCUGUUGUUGCUAUUAAACUAACUUUUGUAACACUUUAUGGCUUUUUUAUAAUAAUGUAUGUAGAGUUAUAGCAUCGAAGUAACACUUCCGUGAUUCCUAAUGUGCUAUAUGCUGACCUAGAUAGUACCACUUUUCUUUUUGGUACUGGCUUUUUCAGUUCAUAAAGUCAUGUCAUAAACUGAGAGGUCCAAAGGAACUGAAUAGAUACUUCUAAUUUAUGUAUAUUAGUAAUCCACCACUAUAAUUCAGUCAUCAGGAUCUGUCUGCCCUAAUACUGUAUGCCUAUGACUUUCUCCCCUUCCUAUAAUCAUUUUGUGACUGUACAUUUAACUGUACAAGCAGAAAGAGUUAAGAAAGCAGUAAGACUGUGAGCAAAAAGGUAAUUCUAAUUUCAAUUGUCUCAGAGAAAAAGAAACCUAGAUUGUACUGCUUAAAUUGUAUUUUAAAGAGGUGUUACAAAAUAUCAGUGUGUAUGUCCGGAGUUAUGGGUUUCUGGUUUAUUACCACUUUCUUUUUCUAUUAUGAAAAGUUUCAUACUUUCUUGAGUUCCUUCCAUCUCACUUUUAGCUGUCAUAACACAAACUCCCUGAAGGUAGAAGACUAAUUAAUUCCAAUUAAUUCUUGACUGUUCCUGGACUACUUAAAAUUACUACUGUUAAGUAUCUCAAUUCUUUGUUGUUUUUCAUUAAAGUGGUAUCAUCAGGGUACUUCAUAGCUGUUACUGAAAACUUUGAGGCCAGAUGGUCACAAUUGAAAUAAUUAUUUACAAAUGUGAGAUUCUCUUUGAGUUUUAAUUAUUUAUUGGUUACCUGGACAGCUACAGGAAUGACAGAGUAAAGCUGUUCCUUUCUCUGUGCCUUUGUCUUUCAUGCCUUGUGGGUGCAAGU